UUUCAUAUCUGACGUGUAGGAUUGCCCUCGUUUUAGGGUUUCGCUUAUAAGAAAGACAAGGCCGUCGAAAGUAGAUGCCUCGUUUCUCAUCUCAAAUAACUUUGUAUCUGUAAUCUUUUGAGUUUCCAGACCUAAUCUCAGUUUCCAAUUGAAUCAUGAGUUCGACGUUUGAAGAGGAGAUGAAGCUGUCUCCAAUAAAAAGUCCCAAACUGAUGGUAGAAGAUACGGAAAAGACGGUGGUGUUAGAAGGUUUGGAGAAGACGAUUCAAGGGAGGGAGCAGACCUUUGUUUUGUGCUUUCCUAGCGCCGUGGUUUAUAAAGAUGUUGGCGAAAUCUUGAUGGAAUUUGAGAAGAUCAGUUUGAAAUUAAUAAGGAUCAGAUUAGUAUGCGCCACAGAGAAGUUUUUUAUUCAAUUCUUCGCCAUGGAAGGUAGAAACAUUUUGCCCAAUGUUACUCCAGCAGAGUUUUGUCCCUAUCCUUUUGUAGCUAUGGUAGUGGAAGGUGAAGAUGCUAUUAGUAAAGUUCAUCAGCUAACAUCAACGGCCGAGAGAUAUCCCUUUCUGAUACCUGCUGUGCGUGCUUAUAGCAGUGUCACACCUGAUAGUGUGGAAGAAGAUUGUAGAUUGUGGUUUGGUAUUGACUCUGCAAACUGGAUAGAAGAAGCAAAAGAAAGUAAUCUUCUGGCAGUCGCACUCCCAGGUGGCCAAACAUUUGGCCCUGUUGAAACAGUGUUGGAGAAGUUAGCUGAACAGUGUCACCUUAAGUACGAGUACUUCAAGGAACAGAAUUUAGCCAGCAGUUCCGAUCUCUACAGCAGUUUCUACAGCAAUUUCUACAAUGAAGAUCUGACAUUCGUCUUAAUCAGGCCUAUGGCUUUUGAAAAGGGAUGUGUGGGUCAUCUGCUAUCCAUUAUUGAGAACACGUGUUUGUGCUUCAGAGGUAUGGAUUUGGUAAAGAAACCUGAAAAUCCUAUUGGCGAUGCAUGGCCUGCUGAUUCUUGUUCCUCACAUGAAAAGGAUGAAUAUGGCAUUGCCUUGCUUAUUGAAAAUUUUUACUAUAAUGAUGUACAAUUAAACACGAGUUGCAGCGAUGCUGGUAUGCUGAUUGACACAAGCAAAGAGAAGGUUGGAAUUUUCAGCGACUUAAUUUACGUAGGCAAGCCUGGUGACACUUGUAUGAUUGGUGAUUAUUUCAAAUGCGGUACUGUUUCCUGGGUGGAUUCCAGCACUGGUGCUGUCUGUGGUGGUUAUUUUUUGACAACCUUGUCGAGCCUCCAAUUUUAAGAUGACUAAGCAUGAUGUGUUCUUAUCGGGGUAUUUCACCAUCUUUAAACCUUUCAAUGGCAGUAAUUGAAUCUGAUUGAAUGAUUAUCUUGGAGCAUUCCAUAUAAGCAGCCCAUUCAAGAGCACACAAUACAACAUAUUCACCUGCAAUGGAAGUGGGAGAAACACCAAUGCCACCUAUGAGGGUACCAAGUACCUGACUUUUGCAAUCUCUGGCAAUAACUCCAAUACCAGCUUUUCCUGGAUCUCCAAAGGAUAUUCCAGCACAACAAAAUAGAAUACAAUCAGUUUCAGGAGCAGUCCAAGAAAUCUCUUUGAUGCAGUUAUAUUUUAUUCUUCUAUCACCAAUUUUGAAGAAUGACAAAACAUGAUUAUCAUAAUCUUGACUCCAUUUGUUGCCUUUCAUUCUGUAGCUACCUUCUAUUCUGUAGCUACCUUCUUGUAUUGUUUUGUAUAUCCUGCACUUAAAGGCAUUGUAAUUUGGCUUAACUUCCUCAAAAAACUAUUUAUUUAUUUGAAAUCACAGAUCUUUAAUUGUUGCACAA